AUGAACGACCUGGAAGAACUUCAAAUCGACCUUGAAUCAAGAGGUACCAGCCUACUCGUUCUAGAAACAUCGGUCAUGUUUUUGAAUAAUGUGCUGGCAAUUGUGGGAAACAUAUUGACCUUGAUAAUUGUUGUUCGCACCCCUCGUUUGCAAACAGUUCCGAACAAGUUCGUCGUUUCGCUGGCACUUUCUGAUCUUAUGAUGGCUGUUCCUUCCACUAUAUUGACAACGGCGAUCCUCAUAGAAAGCAACUGGCCAUUUGACCAGGCCACCUGCCAAUUUCAGGGAUACUAUGGAAUUACUCUAGCUUUCGCGUCCUCAGUGUCUCUAGCUUUGAUGUCAUUAAACAGAUAUUAUCGCAUCGUGAGGCCAAACGAAUACCGAAGAAUAUUCACUGCGCGUACAACAUCGUUAAUGAUAAUGGCAGCUUGGUUGAUUGCAUCCCUUGUUCAACUUCCAUACGUAGUGGCGGGGCACAGAUAUAUUUUUCAUCCGGGUAAGAUCUACUGCAAUCAAGAUGGAAAGAAGUUAUUCUCUACAAUUUUGGUCUGCAUUUUCGGUGGCAUUCCCAUGAGUGUCAUCUUCUUCUGUUGUCUAAAAGUUUUUCGUUCUGUACGUGCUCACAAAAUCCAGCGAUUCCGGGACGUUGCUUGGAAAAGUGUCAAUGUGGAAGACAUAAAAGUCUCCCGAAUGCUCUUAGUAAUAGUUCUUGCCUAUGUGAUUUGUUUCUUGCCAGUUAUAAUCAUAGAGUCAGUAGACUUUAUAAUUGGCGGAUCCUAUUUGCCAAGGCCAGUUUACUUUUUUUAUACCUUUUCUGCGACUUUAUCUUACUCUGUAAAUCCCGUCGUUUAUGGUGCAAUGAACAGGGCUUUUAGACAGGAAUAUAAACGCUUGUUGUGCCUGAAUAGAUUUUGUGAAAAUUAUCCACCAGGUACUGAUCAAGCUUGGCUUUCUUUGUCAAAUGCACGAAUUGCUGUGCUGCCAUUUAAAGCAAAAUUGCCCCAAACGGUUACGGAAAUAGUCAGAAUGGAGUUUCGGUCGCGCAAAACUUCUUUGAGUAGUAAAAGUUGA